GUUAACGACGUAACCCCCCUGUAACCUGUAAUCACCCUAUUUUUCUCUAUACCCCACCCAAUACCCAGCCACCAAGACAGAAACAGGGAAUCCCCCCAACGCGUAAAGUGCUAUGUAAGUCUUGUAUGUAAGAGCCGUGCACGCGUACUCUUUAAUACUCUUGACCUAGAUGAUGCCUGUUAGUGGGGACAUAUAGUUCCAGUACUAAUCUUAACAAUCACUAUGAUCGCGUCGAGAAUCUUUAGAGUCAAAUUCACAACAGCAACUUUUGCUUACUAGGUACCUGGUAGGCCAGCAGACUCUUUAGUUGACUCACCUCUGCCAAACCACACAUCCUCUCUUUUCUCUCCUCUUUCCCUUAACUUACCUAUAUGCUCCCUCAUUGAUUCUUUUCAUACCUUCCUUCCUCUAUUGACGAAUAGCCUCACGUCUGACACCUACCUAGUAACUAAUUAACAUCCCCUUAACAACUAGUAUUAUUUGUAUUGUUUUUUUUAUUCUUAUCCAUUCCCCAGCCAGGUACAACUUAUAGUAUAUUCGUCAACUUGGCGAAGAACGGAGUGAAUUAUACCUGAGCCUCUUCGUUUGUAGCUCAUAUAAGUUGAAAUUCUGUAAUUGUGGCAGAUAUGACCCGCAGUAGUAGGCAUAUCAAGCCGGAGCCGCAAGGCUCACCCACCAGUAGUGUGAGGUCUGGCAUCAUGGCACCGCCGUCUCCGACUCCACGAAAGCGGAAAACCCCUCCCAACGACUAUUCGGACAACCAGUCCACAGCCCGCUCUUUCAUUCGCUCCCAUGCUCCAAGUGUGGAGACGUGGCAACGACGAGAUGAUGAGACGGAGCCUAUCCUUAUGGAGGUGAGGCGCCGGCCAGACAUCUUUAAAAAUGGCCGCCAUAGCUCGCCACCUUCCCAGAAUGCGGACUCUAGUUUUGCUCAGCAGAGCUUUGCGCAUCCCAACUUUGCAGAUAUCGGUCUGAAGCAGAAGGCAUGCAAUGAUACGCUCGGGGCUCUUCAGACGCUCGGCGUGUCCCAUGUCGCUGCCCUGCCCGAGUUAGUCUUGGUAGGAGACCAGUCGGCUGGAAAGUCGAGCUUGAUGUCUGGUCUGGCCCGCGUGACCCUCCCCCGUAGUGCUGGCGUGUGUACACGCUGCCCGCUUCAUAUCCACCUUAUCAGCAGCAAGAUCGACCAUUGGUCAUGCACUGUCACCCUUCAACAGGAUUAUGACUUCCAGCCUACUCCUGGCAGUAAACCAAAAAAGUCAGAUGUGACCAAAACAAACCCGUUCCCACCUUGGGUCAAGAUGCCGAGAGAAAGCAAGACGUUUAAGACAAUAUUCGACCCCUCUGAAAUCGAGGAGGUUCUCCGCUGGGCUCAAAUCGCAAUCUUGAACCACAAUCAAGACUACGAGCUUUUCAUCCCUGGUGAAGGUGCCUUAGCAAAGCAAUCACUUGAAGACGCUGCUCUUAAUACAGAGGCGCAGUUUUCGCCGAACAUAGUUGCUCUGCAGAUAAAAGGGCCAGAGCUUCCAGAUCUGAGCUUCUAUGAUUUACCCGGUGUCUUCAUAUCCCCAGAGAAGGAGGAAGAUGAGUACGUGGUAAAGGUGGUCAAGAAUCUCACUACGGAAUAUAUCAAACGGGAAAAGGCAAUCAUCUUAUGGGCCUUACCUAUGAAUGUUGAUUCGGAGAACUCGAUUUCGCUAGGCAUAAUUCGCGACGCGAAAGCCACUGACCGAACCAUUGGUGUUAUGACUAAAGCAGACCAGCUGCCUCCUCAAAACGUCGCUAACUGGCUAGCCAUGUUCCGAGGCGAGAAGAAAUUGGUUGGCCACGGCUUUUUUGCUACUUCGCGACCACCAGAUCAACCUCUCGAAGAUGCCACGAAAUGGGAGAAUCUCUUCUUCAAUCACGAAGAAGUGCCUGGUACCGUCGCGUGGCCAUCCGAGUUUGGUCCAUUUGCACACCGCUGUGGAGUCGAGAUAUUACUCAAGUAUCUGUCAUCCCAACUGUCACAGGCUUUCUCCGAGAGUCUUCCGUCAAUCAAGGAUAUGGUCCACAACCGUCUUAAAGUAAUCGAGAGAGAGCUGGCUGUUCUGCCUGAACUUCCUUCUAACGUAGAGCAUGAAGUGAAGCGGAGUCUGUUUCAGUUUCUAACUCAGAUGAAGACAGCUCUGAGAGACACAGAGUUUUCAUCUAAAUGGAAUACCCUUAAUAGCCAAUUUCAGACGUGUGUCUUCAAAAUGAAGCCAACCUGCAAAGUUAGAGAUUCGGAUCUACAAACAAUCGACAUUUCUAGUGUGGACUCAGAGUCAACUAUAUCGACUCCUUCGAAGAGACCUCGACCUAGCGACUCGACAGUGCGAAACGUCGCUACGCCUAGCAGGCGCCAACGUCAGGACAAUGUGGUGACCACGCCAGUCAAGCAAGAAGAUGUUCCCAUGGGCGGCAUGUCUCGCGCUUCAUCUGUUGUCGGUACGGGACAGAACCUCCCAAGCCCGUUUACUAAAUAUUUCAACCUUGGUCGAUGCGCAAUGGACAUUAGGGACAUUCGGUCUGAGAUCCUCCGGAAGAAGCGUCCUGGUAUGCCGCGAGACUUAGUUCCAGACGAGGUUCGUGAGACUCUAUGUCUCAGCGCGGUCAAAAAAUGGAAAGGCCCGCUCGAAACCUACAUCGGCAAGACGGCCGAGCUUUUAGAGAAGACAGCUAAUAAGGUUCUUGAGGAGUCCCUUGGCGCUUUGCGCCGCCGUCUAAUAUUCAGGGAAUGUCAGGAGCAUCUAAGGCGGUUUAUUGGUCGAGCAGUCGCUAGUCAGGAGGCUCGAUUGGUCGAAAUGUACGACUCCGAGACGUACCAACUGUAUAUGAUGAACGAUGAUGCUUUCCAUCGCUAUAAAGCACUGGAGAUGGAGCAGCUCAAGCGCGUACGAGGAAUCAUCCGACUCAAGGCUUUAACGCUGCUUGACUGGGAAUACCCAGCUACAAAGCCGGAGGAGAUGUCGGAGGAAGAGAAAGUCAAGGAACGUAAGCUACUCGAAAAUCAUCUUUCAAAGGUUGGCAAGGACCCUUACGAUACUGAGAUCGAGGUCGCUGGGUUUGUUCGUGGCUAUUACAUGAUGGCCGCAGCGCGGUUUGUAGAAGGCGUCACAAUGCACGUCAACUCCAACCUGUUCCGCACGUUCCGAGACAACGCACUCGACGAAUCUUUAGAUCAAGGGUUUCAUAUCUACGGCUCUUGUGACCCAAGUCUUUACAUCAAAUUGAUGGAAGAAGACGAAAACACAGCGACGCGGAGAGAACAGCUCAAGGGAGAGAUGGAUAAGUUGGUAAGGGCCAUGAACAGUAUCAACGACCUAGAGAGUUCGGCCAUGGACGUCAGCUUCAGCCGUCCUAUCAAUGUGACCGUCCUGUCCGACAGCGAGAUGGACGACGCCAUUUAGAGAAUGACGAAUCCGACAAGACGUGGACGUAGGUAUGCUAAACCGACAUAGUUGGCUGAAUUGUAUGCCGGCAAGGACGUUUUCAGUACACAUUCUUUUCUUAAGGUCAGAAUCAUGCACACAGUCCAAACUCCAUGGACAUGAAUCAUUCGUUAGGGGUAGGUGAGGGUACGAGAGGAGAGGAGAGGGGAUGAGACAGGACAGGAUGAGACAAAUUAGGAAUAGGACUCCCGCGAUGAUCUUCCUUUUUAGUAUGUACAAGUUGUAUUAUUUUUCACUCAAGUACUAGCAAUAACCCUAAUAAAAGGAGUAAGGUGUUAGCUAUGUUAGAUGCCAGGCUUAGUAUCUACUUAGUAAAGUGUAGUUAGGUAUUGACUGCCGAAGCUCCCUACAUAAUACUAUACCUAUAUGGGUGCCUACAAUCCCAGGCAUCUACCAUUGAA